AUGGACGAGAAAAAGUGUAAGCUUGGUCUCCAUGGUAACAUGACAUAUCGCUUUCCGCCUGUUUCUUCUCCUUUGCUGUUUGAUGAAGCGCGCCAUUUUGUUUAUGUAUUCUGUAACAAGGAAACUUCAAGUAGAGGGCAAAAAAACAGACACAAAAGAAGUUACUGCUCUCUUUGUCGACAUUUUCACAACGAAGCUGACACUAAGAAGGAGGGUUUUGAAAAAUAUUUUUCGCCAGAGACUUUCAAGGUCCAGAGCAGAGAAAGAAGCAAACAGGAAGAGGUGAAAAACAAGGACGAAGACUAUCAACGACAUGAAUUAUUUGAUUUAAGGGAACAGAAGAGCUGGGAAAAUCUUACCGUGGAAGGACUUAAGAUGUACAAAGUUACCAACAAAAGGAGUCACCUGCGGAAAUCGGCUGCAAAAGAUGAAAAUGCUGAAGAUGUGCGGAAUUCCCAGAAGACUGUCAGUUCAGCAAGAAAUGGGUGCGUUACUUGUGAAAACCGUAGGGACAGUCUAUUUCAAAGCCAAAGUUCCAGCCAAUCCAACAAAAGGGUCAUCCGAAUUGUUUUGCCUCAAACUGACUGCAAAUCACGUCUUUCUGGCCGAUGA